AUGUCAAGGGUUCCAAGUCCGCCACCUCCAGCAAAAAUGUCGAGUAGCCCUGCAGCUGAGAGCUGGUGCCACACCGAGAUCAAGGUAGUGAAAUUCUCCCACAUGUGGACCAUCGGUAAUUUUAGCUUUUGCCGGCAGGAAGUGGGUGAAGUCAUUCAAAGUUCAACCUUUUCAUCAGAAGCCAAUGAUGAACUGAAAUGGUGUUUGAGAGUAUACCCAAAAGGGGUAGGUGAAGAAAGCAAAGAUUACCUGUCACUUUACCUGCUUCUGGUCAGUUCUCCAAAGCGUAUAUUUUUGGCAAAAUUCAAACUCUCCAUCCUGAAUGACAAGGGAGAACAAAUCAAAUCUUUGGAGAGUCACCGGGCAUAUGGCUUUGUACAAGGCAAAGUCUGGGGAUUCAAGAAAUUCAUCCCGAGAGAUGUUCUUUUGGAUGAAGACAAUAGUCUUCUCCCUGAUGACAAGCUGACCCUCUUCUGUGAGGUGAGUGUGGUGCAAGAUUCCUUCACCAUUUCUGGCCAGAAUACCAUGAAGAUGGUGAAGGUUCCUGAGUGCCAGCUGGCUGAUGAGCUAGGAGAACUUUGGGAAAAUUCCUGGUUCACAGACUGUUGUUUUUGUGUCGCUGGCCAGGAAUUCCAGGCUCAUAAAGCUAUCUUAGCAGCUCGUUCUCCAGUGUUUAGGGCCAUGUUUGCACACGCAAUGGAGGAGAGCAAAAAGAAUCGGGUUGAAAUCAUUGACAUGGAGCCUGGAGUUUUUAAGGAAAUGAUGAACCUGGACAAAAUGGCUGAUGGUUUGCUGGCAGCUGCUGAGGAGUAUGCCCUGGAGCGUUUGAAGGUCAUGUGUGAGGAAGCCCUCAGCAGACACCUCUCUGAGGAGAAUGCUGCAGACAUGCUCACCUUGGCUGACCUCCACAGCGCACAUCAACUGAAAACUCGGGCAGUGGAUUUCACCCACUCUCAUGCUGAGGAUGUCUUGGAGUCCAAAGGGUGGCAGGCAAUGGUGGCAUCCCAUCCCCACUUGGUGGCUGAGAUGUACCGCUCUCUGGCUUCAUCACGGGGUGCCUGUCUGGGACCCCCACACAAGCGCCUGAAGCAGUCCUCAGAUCCUGCCUGGUGUAAGACUCCCUUGAUUUUCCAGAAGCAGCAGCCACUGUUGCUGCCAUUGAGCAUCUGGUAG